AUGCCAGAAGAGCUCUGCAGCAUUUUGCAGUCCACUAAGCCAUUGACUGCCAUACAGAUUCUAGAAGAUUACAGAGAUGUUUUUAUGGAUCUUGGAUGUCUUCCUGGUGACUAUUGUCUUGAAGUGGAUGAAUGUGUGAGAACAGUGCAGUAUCUGCCAGUUGGCAUGAAGUCUGGAAAUGAAGGGCGUACUCAAGAAAGUGGCAGUGCCUAUGGGCUGGAGAAGCAGCACGUGAAGAAAGUUUAUUGUUACAGAGGAGACUUCCAACUGAAGAACAAUGUAUGGAACAAUUACAAGAUUUGCAGUUUGGUUCUGCGCCCUUCUGCUUCCAGUAAUUCAUCAAUCUUUCCAACAUCACGCUACGUUUAUGAAUAUAUAAAUACACCAUUGAAAUGGGAACAUGCAUCCAGACAUUGUGAACUACGUUUUGGUAGUCUGCCUGUCGUUAGUAAAGCUGAAGACAAGAAUGCUAUAUCGGACUUGUUAGCUACCCAAGGGGUUAAUCAGCAAGUAUGGAUAAAUGGAAAACUGCGUGAAGUAUCAGGAGGGGAAGAUCUAACUUUGAGAAAGAACAGUGUUGACAAAUUCGAGAUCCUGGUAUUCCUGAACAAAACAGAUACUAAACAUGCCAAAAUUCUCAAUGUGCUGCCUCCUUUGUCAGCUGUUACAAUCUGUGCACGUGUUCAAUGGGACAACCAGUCUUCCGACAUCGCCGCAGUAUUUUCUUAUGCCAUUCCAGUGUUCAUCAAUGAAUUCCAGCUCCGAGGCCGUAUCGACGAUGCUGGAUUCAUCCAGUUAGCUCUGAUAGUUCAUGGACAUCACACACCCUACAAAUCGGUGCUAAAAAGUGACGGACUGUGGCAUCAUAUUUGUGUAACAUGGCAAAAGGAAAAUGGUACUUGGUUUAUAUAUGCAGACGGGAUAAAGGUAAGUUCAGGAGAUGACUGCUACAGUUCGCAAAUUAUUGGUGGAAAUGGGACAUUUAUUAUUGGUCAAGAUCAAGACUCGCUAGGAGGUACAUUCAAGCAAAAUGAGGCCUUUAGUGGCAACAUCACAUUUUUGAACAUUUGGACUCAUGCGUUGGAUGCAAACCAGAUUUCAGCAGUCAGUAUGUGCUCAUUCCCUCAGCAAAAUCUCUUUUACCAGUGGAACUUGACCAGCUUGGAAAUUGAACCCAGUGUUCAAGUUGUGGAAUUGCAGUUGAAUUGCACAGAUGCAUAUUUGAAGUUAAACGAGUUUCAGUCAGAUUCACAGAGCUUAUUCAAGACUAAAUCGGAAGCAUUUUCUCACGAUACAAUGGUUAUUGAGUACAUGUCAUUGAGUAAUGCAAAACUUGUACCCAAUAUCUCUGAAGCUGAGACUAUACUGAAGACAGUACAACAUGUUCUGAGCAUAGAAAAUGUCACUUUGCAACCCGCUGACAUGCUAAGUGUCAUACGCUUGCUACAAAACAUAGCCAACGUGGAGCCACAUGUAAAUGACACACAGGAGGCUUUGGAGAAUGUAAGCCGAAGCUUCAUCCACAUAGCUGGUGAGGUUCUUGAUCAGCACAACGCAGAGAGGUGGACUGAAAUUAAUGAGAUUGUUCAGGGUCCAAUGGCUGUCGUUUAUGGUGUGGACAGAUUGAUGCAAAAUCUGAACAAACUGCUCUCAUCUGACCAAGAAAAUAUAGUCAUUAGAAGCAAGAACAUCAAACUUGAAAUCAGGCAAAAGAUACUCACCAAUUUUACAAAUGACAUUGAUGUCUACAUGAGUGACAUGAACAACAAGUCAACUGAUCAAAUAGGACUUCCUAAAGAAGCAAUUGAUCGACUCCAACAAAGAGGAAAGUUCUCGGCCUUGCCAAGAUCUCGCACAAAGGGUUUAACAAGAGCUACGUUUGUGAACACCUGGUAUGGCACCCUUCACCAUUUGCUUGGAAAUGGCACAUUGGACACCAACAAUGUAAUGGAAGCAGUUUCUGAUGAAGGAUUUAAAGGUGCAGGGAUGCAAGUUGCAUCAGCAGUUAUUUCAUCAACUGUGUUUCAAGGGGGUCAGCCCAUCAGCAUAGCUACAAAGUACAGGCUACGACACCGAAUAAAGGCAUUUUCUUCUCUUGCUGUUGAUUCAGUCUGUGUCUUCUGGAAUUUUAGUUUGAGGCCAGAGAAAGGUGGAAGCUGGUCUACAGCUGGCUGCAGAGUCAUUGAAUCCGGCCUUGAAUCAACAGCGUGUUUUUGCAAUCACACGACAAAUUUUGCUUUGCUUUUCCAACUUUACGAAGUGAAGAGGAGCUCUUAUGAAGAAACUGUCCUUAUGAAUUUAACACUGAUUGGCUGUACUAUAUCUCUCUGUGCAUUGGUGGUCACGCUGGUUCUGUUCUCAGUGGUGGGUGUUCCAAAAUCAGAUCGAACCACAGUGCACAAAAAUCUCAUAUGUGCCCUCGUUGCUGCAGAGGGACUACUUGUCGCAAGUGACUCAGCAAGGACAAACCAGGUGGCAUGUUCUAUUGUAACAGCUCUGCUACAUUUGCUGUUCAUGGCUGCCUUUGCCUGGAUGCUGGUGGAAGGAAUACUUCUCUGGAGUAAGGUCGUCACUGUCAAUAUUAAUGAAGAGAAAAGAAUGAAAUACUACUAUCUGAUUGGUUGGGGAUUCCCAGUUUUUAUUGUGGCCAUCACCCUAGCAACUACUGGUGACAAAUACAUAGCAGACAAUCAUUGUUGGCUGAACAUUCAGAGUGAGAUCAUCUGGGCCUUUGUUGGGCCUGUCCUUUUUACUCUAACAAUCAAUACAUUUGUACUUUUACGUGUGGUAAUGAUCACAAUUGCAAGCUCACAACGGCACUCCAUGAUGUUGGCAUCAGAUAGCAGCCUGGCACAACGCGCUUUGUGCCGGAUAUGGACAGCUAUCAAGCCUGUAGUGAUUCUUCUGCCGGUUUUGGGUCUGACCUGGUUUUGUGGGGUUUUGGUCCAUUUCAAUAUUGUCCUUGCAUAUAUCUUUGUUGCGCUUAAUUCUUUCCAGGGGCUGUAUAUUUUCUUGGUGUAUGGUGUUUACAACAGCGAGGUAUGA